AUGCUUAUUGUUCCAAAAUUAGUCAAAGAAAAACCCAUAAUAAUAAAUCGAACAAUUCAACCUACAGUUAUUGGUCAUUUAACUGAUCUCCAUUUGAACCCAGAGCAUCCACAACGUGCAGUGUUCGCCCGAAAGCAAAUAGAAGAGUUUUCAAAUAUAAUUAAGCCAACCUUAUUAAUCAUAUCCGGCGAUCUAGUUGAUGGAACAGAAACAAAAUCAGAAAUAUCUCAGCAUCGUCAAUUCCAAAGUAAUUGGGAUGUAUAUAAAGAUCUCAUACAAAAUGCAACGUUUCCAAUCAUUGCUGCUGCUGGUAACCAUGAUGAGCAUGCUCUUGAGAGACUUCAUAACAAAGAGCAUUUAUACAUACAAAACGUUGAAACAAAAAAUUUUUUCAUUGAAAAAUCGAUUUUUCAUACAGAAAACGGGAAAAUUCGUGUUAUAUUGCUCAACCCAUUCUCAUUUCCUACAUCUCCAAUGCCAUACGGAUUAGUUGUGCGCCCUUCCAGAAACACACUUGAUUUAUUAGAGAAUGAGCUAGACAAGGUCGAAUCAGACUACACAAUUCUCACAUCUCAUUUCCCAUCUCAGUGCAUUUUCGGCCAGAAAUCCUCAACAAACAAAAAAUUUGAGGAUAUAAUAAAAUUAAGUAAUUCAAAAGUGACAUCUUAUUUGGUCGGCCAUUUUCACAUGCCAAAACCAUUUACUAGACACAUUGGUGGUACUCUCGAGAUCUUUGGAUCCACGACAUCCUACUUCCAAGGCUAUGGACUACUCUCUUUCGACGGAGGCUCUGUUGUCUACAGUUUUGUAAAUUUCUCAUCAAAAGUGAAAUUUAUCGUCACCAAUCCUCCACCAGAGAAGCAGUUCAUCUCUUCAGGCGGCUUCUUAACCGAGCAGUUCAGGGUUAGAGUUGUUGUUUACGACGAAAGGAACAUGUCACUCAAAGUCUUCAUUGACAAGAAAUUCGAAAAAGAAAUGGAAAUUGAUUUGAAAGGUGAUGGCUUCGUUGUAUACGGCCUUGAUGUGCAUACUUCGAAUGGAAUGCACUCACUCAAAGUAGAAGGAGAUGGAGUUAAGUAUGAGACCGAGUUUUUAGUUUCGAAAUCUAGAGAAAAACAAAAAGAGAAAAGUGUCAAAUUUUUCAUCAAAUUUAAUUCAAUGAUUUUUGUGCUAUCUGUCAUAGUUUUAUACCUUGUUUUCACCACCUUGACACCGUUCAUCCUCAAGUGUCAGUCUUUUACCACCUACAUUUCCAAGUUUGGCAUUUGGCUGACAUCUGAAACUGAGGACAAAUUCACAAUGAGAGGUUUUAUGAAAUCUGUUUUCCUUGGUCCCUUCUUCAUCUCCUUCUCCAUCCUGAAGAUUCCGAGGAAGUUCUGGAUCUGCUACAUCGUGACUUUCGUCUCCUUCUUCUGCCUUCCCAUGUACUUCAUGAGAUACGAUGACACAUUCGUUAUGACAUUAACAUGGUGCGUCAUCACGAGGGCUGGAUUGAACGCGUGUGUCAUGUGCUUCAUUGUGAUUAACAUAGGAAUAGGGCUAUACUUCGUACCUUUCCUUUUCCUAGGAAGCAUCGCUUUCUCACAGCACCCAGUCAACCAUUUCGUGAAUGCAGAGAUGCUGAUUCUCAACGUGAUCCCCCUAGUUUUCAUCGUAUUGAGCCAGAUCCUGUGUGUAACUGCUGACGGACCGUUUUCCGCUCUAUUCUCGCCUCUGACCCUGUUUUCUCUUACGAUGUACGUGCUUCUAUCUUUCGUCAUUUGGAGAGAGAGAUUAAAACAGAUAAAAUCUGAGAUUAUAAUUCAGAACCAGAAAGAUAUCAAAGCUGAUACUCAGCAAAUUGUUUUGUAG